AUGUACAUGCACCACCGACAAAUCACUGCUGCUCACUUCAUAACCGUCCUCCUCGAGGUUCAGGAUGAGUACAGCAUUACCAAGUCACUCCAAGAAUGCGGCGGAGACGUGUAUGAGCUCAAGAAGGCGCUAAGCAACAUUCUCAUCAAGCUUCCCGCCUCAUCGGAGGUAUACGUCGUCGACGAGCUGGCGUCUGCGCCGCAGCUCAAGCGCGCAGCCCUUCGCGCCCUGGAGAUUGCACAUAAGGAUAAAAAGAAAACCAUCGGACUGGAGCAUCUGAUUCUGGCCAUCUUUGAGGAGAAAAAUCUGCGAACGAUGCUGGAGCAAGUCGGAUGCAACGUCAAGAUUUUCUUGGAGCACGCGACGACUAUGUACGAGAACAAGCAAAAAGACGCCGCAACCAAACGCGCCGACAAGAAGAAGACAAACACAGCCGACCCAGGUGUUGCAAACUCGAAGACCGAGUCCUCUGACGAGGAAUUCGUCAUGAGUUUCGGAGUAGACAUGACUGCGUUGGCAGAGCAAGGAAAACUAGAGCCCGUGGUUGGCCGCAACAAAGAGAUCAGAGAAGUGAUCAUGGUCCUCAGCCGUAAAGGCAAAGGGAACCCAUGCCUCGUCGGCGAGCCGGGUGUUGGCAAGACGGCAGUUGUUGAAGGACUUGCUCAGCGUCUGAUUGAGGGUAUGGUGCCCAAAGCACUGGAGAACAAAACUUUGUUUGCGGUCGACCUGGGCGCGCUUAUUGCUGGAGCGACAUACAGGGGCGAGUUUGAAAAACGUAUGAAGGCCCUCAUCAGAUACGCGGUGGGCUCGGAAGGCCGCGUCAUCUUGUUCAUCGAUGAGAUCCACAUGCUCAUGGGCGCCGGCAAGAGCGAUGGCACAAUGGACGCUGCCAACUUGUUGAAGCCUCCGAUGGCCCGAGGCGAACUUAGAAUUGUGGGCGCGACAACUCAAGAAGAGUACAAGAUCAUCGAGAAAGACGCCGCCUUGGAACGCCGAUUAAAACCGAUUUUGGUCGAGGAACCCGCUACAACACGGGCAAUCUAUAUUCUGAAAAAAUUGCGAGAGAAGUUCGAGACUCAUCAUGACAUGCGGAUCUCCGACGAGGCCAUCGUAGCCGCUGUCAUGCUUUCGCACAAGUAUAUCAAGAAUAGAAGGCUCCCCGACAAAGCUAUCGACUUGCUGGAUGAAGCAGCGGCAGCGAAACGCGUGAAGUGGGACCUGAGGACUUUGGAAGAUGAUGACGAAGCGGCUCUGGAGAAGAAAGAAAAGGAGCAGGCCGCUAAAGAGCACCGUGAAGCAAUGAAGCAAGACGAGCAAAGGAUCAAAGGUCAAAACCACGGUGACGGCACGGAGGAGCAGCUGAAGAAAAUUGAGAAAGACAUGGAGAAGGAGGCUCUCGAAGAGGAAAGAGAACUUGUUCUCACCGCUGAUGACGUAGCUGUCGUUAUCAGUGUGUGGACAGGGAUUCCCGCCGCUAAGCUUACUGAUGACGAAAAGAGCAAAAUCUUGCGGCUUUCGGACGUGCUCCACUCGCGAGUAAUUGGCCAGGAGGAUGCCGUGAAAGCGGUGGCUGAUGCGAUGGUGAGAGCUCGCGCGGGUCUUAACCGUGAGGACAUGCCUGUCGGGUCUUUCCUUUUCCUCGGCCCCACAGGUGUUGGCAAAACGGAACUGGCGAAGGCGCUGGCUGCGGAAAUGUUCCACUCCGAAAAGAACCUUGUCCGUAUCGACAUGAGCGAAUUCAGCGAAUCUCAUACCGUUGCGCGACUUAUCGGCAGCCCUCCCGGUUACGUGGGCCACGACGCUGGAGGCCAGCUGACUGAAGCAGUGCGCCGCAGGCCCCAUAGUGUCGUACUGUUCGACGAGAUAGAAAAAGGACAUCCGCAGAUCCUCAACAUCAUGCUGCAGCUGCUUGACGAAGGGCGACUGACCGACGGAAAGGGUGUGCUAGUUGACUUUACAAACUGCGUCAUCAUUCUGACGUCCAAUGUUGGAGCCCAGUACAUUAUCUCGGCCUACGAACAAGGGGAGAAGGAUACGAAGAGCGCGCUCGCAACCUUCGACCCAAAGAGCGGCAGUCUGGAGCACUUUGCGGAGGUAACGAAAGGUGCGGAGGCAGCAGGUGGUGACGAUACUGACGUAGACUCUGGCAAGAAGGACAAGAAGGCAACGAUUCUCGACAAGAAUAAGAAGUCCGGCAAUUGGAAAAAGGAAGCGCGAAGAAAGGUCUUGUCGGAAAUCGCUGGCUCUGGGCUCCUUCGACCUGAGGUCAUCAAUCGUUUCUCGGGUGUCAUUCUUUUCGAGCCGAUGAAGUCCUCCGAUAUUAAGAAGGUCCUAGCCAUUCAGGCAAAGGACUUGAAGCAAGCACUGAGCAAGAAAGGCAUCGAACUUCUCAUCGAUGCUUCAGCAGAGGAGUUCAUUGUGCAGCGAGCCUACACGCAUAAAUUCGGCGCCCGGCCGCUGAAAAGGUUCAUCGACAAUAAUAUCGGUGCAAAAAUAGCUCCGUGGCUUCUUAGCGGCUACCUCCAGUCCGGCAUGAGAGUUAAAGUGGUGGCCUCGAAGAGAAGCAAAAAUACCCUUGAGGCGCACGUAUGCAAGCUGGUUAACGACAAGUGUGACCGAGGAACGAGGAAGGCCCGAGUGCUCGCCUCAGUUGCGAAGAAGGACGAAAGCAGCUCGGACGACCCGGGCCGAUAA